AAUACACAGGAUUUUUGCGAUGAAACGGUGCAGUCGUUGCGGACAAGGGAUAUACGCGUCGGAACUAGUCAUGAGAGUGCGGGACAACAUCUACCACAUGCAGUGUUUCACGUGCGCAUGGUGCAACACCACGUUAGCACAGGGCGACUAUUUCGGCCUCAAAGAUAAUCUAGUCUACUGUCGGACGCACUACGAAAUGCUCACUUGCGGUCACUUCCUGUUGACCUCCGAGAACGCCAUCCAUCCGUCGACGGGCGCCGCACACGACCGGCCGAACCAACCAAUUAUGCCCGCCUACGGGUCCAUAUACAACGGCACCGGCGCCGCGCCCGUGUCCGCAGUGGGCGGCGCCGUCACGACUGUCACCGGCGUUCGUAAGGGUAGGCCUCGGAAACGGAAGGCCGCCGACGGAACACCUCUUCACGACAAUCACUCGCCGGGAGUGGCGUCGACUCCCAGCGCACAGAGUCCUACGUUAGCCAAUUCAAUGGACAGUAAUGUGGUGUCAAACCUGAGCGGGAGUAUAGACACGGGUUGUAUGAGCGACGGGCAGUCAUCGAUGACCGGCUCAUCGCUUAUGAUGUCGGGUCACGCCUCGGGCCAGAGGACCAAACGUAUGCGCACGUCAUUCAAACACCACCAGUUGAGGACAAUGAAGUCCUACUUCUCCAUCAAUCAAAACCCUGACGCCAAAGACCUCAAACAACUCGCGCAGAAGACUGGCCUCUCCAAGAGGGUCCUACAGCUUAGAGCGAAAAAGGGAUUUAUAAAC